AUGGCGAAACUGCAGUCGGCCUGCCAGAUUCUAGGCAUACGCGAUGAGAGCUACCUCCCGAAGUUCUCCAAAGACGACAUCGAGAAGAUUCGGCGGAAGACUAAGGAGGUGUACAAGGCCAGCCAGAAAGAAGGCAAGGUCAACAAAGCCAAGGAGGUCUUGGAUGCCUGGAAGGUGGUCGACGCUGCCUUUGCAGCUGUGAAGGCUCGACGGGCCCCCAGCUCCAGCAAGCACGGCUCCAGUAGUCAGCAGGCUGCCUCCAGCAAGGAAAGCCAUGGCGAAAACGGGCACCACGCCUCUGAUAGCGCAUCCAACAAACGGAAAGCGGAAGCCUUGGACGAGGCGGCCACGGAACGGGAAAAGGCCGCAGCUCUCAAGCGGGCUGCUGAGAAAGCAGCCGCGGCAAAGAAGGCGAAGGAGAAGGCCGCCGCAUUGAAAAAGGCCGCCGAGCAAAAGGCCGCUGAGAAGGCGGCGCACAUCAAAAAGCUCCGCAGCGAGCACCGCGCGAGACUGGCCGCGGAUCCCCCGCGACCAUGCCUCGAGAAGCGGCCCAGCUACCACCGGAACCAGAGCGCGCUGAUCUGCAAAACCUGUCAGCAAAGCUCGAACCUCCGCCGCAUUCCGGAUCUCAAGGACGGCGUCUUCGUUUGUCCCGUCUGCCGAUUUCGUGACAUGGACCCCUUGAGCCCCAUGAAGGAGAACGAGAAAGGGCUCCUGAAGUUAAUCCUCCUGCAGCCGCCAGUGCUACCAGAGGAGACCAUGGGCGAGGCGACCGUGCGGGUGAGGCUGAACAUACCCAACCUCCAGCGGUGGCGGAAACAGGGCGAGGAGAUAGACGUGCGUAUGCUGAAUCUCGACACGUGCGACACCCUCCAGUGCUGGCCCCACAGCCUGACGAUGUGGGCCAAUGGGGUCCAGGCCUUCCAGGUCGAAGCCCCCAAGGAAGGCCACAAGCGACGCGAUGCCCCACGAAGGAUCUCAGCAUGCCUGAAGUCGGACCAGAAUGACCUGAAGAUCUCGAUGCGGGAUGGGCUCACACUGCAGAGGUUUUGCAUCGCCAUCGUGCGCGUGAAGCCCAUCCAUGUGGUGGAGAUGCGGAAGUCGAUUCGCCCAGUCAGUGAGGACGGCGGGAAGAAGAUGGUCCAGGAGCUACUGUGGAACUCCGCAUUGUUGGCCUCUUCCGAUGAGGUGACCGCCGAAGGCUCCAACAAGUGCCGCCUAACCUGCCCUCUGACGCACGAGCGGAUUCAUACGCCGGUGCGGGGUGAGAGGUGUGCGCACCUGCAGUGUUUCGACCUCAAGGCCUACAUUGAGAUUAACAAGGGCAUGGCUGCCUUUAACAAGCGCUGGACCUGCCCUGUCUGCUCCAUCAUGUGCAAGCCGUCGGACAUGUUCUUGGACAUGUAUAUGCUGACGAUCUUGGAGAAGACGGAGGAUGAUGACGACGAGAUCUGCUUCACCCAAGAUGGGGAGUGGACAGUCACAGGGAAGAUCCCGCCGCCUCCUUCGCCAGACAGUGACAUGGAGGAGCAUCAGUCCGACCAGGACGAGCUCGCCGGCAAGCAGACACCCGAGGAGGAUGCCUCGCCGGAGGUGAUGAUGAUCGAUGGGACAGCAAGCUGA